GAAAGUGGUCGCGCGUGUUUCUUGGCUUAGGGGCUGCUGAGUAGCUGCAAGAUGGCAGAAUGACCAUAGAGAGAAGGUCUAGAACAUUUCCUUUCUGGGUUAAAGUGGAGUCAGAUGCUAUGCAGCAAGUUCAGGGUCUUGUGACUUUCGAGGAGGUGGCCAUUUAUUUCACCAAGGAGGAAUUGGAACUGCUGGAUCCGGGCCAGAGAGCUCUUUACACUGAGGUCAUGUUGGAAAAUUACGCAAUGGUGGCCUCCAUGGGUGAUAUUUGGGGGAGCAAGAAUGAGGGAGAACUUUCAGGGUUAUCAUUGGAAGGAGCCAAAGAAGAAGAGAAUGUGGGAGAUGAAGAAAAGAUACUGCAAGGAAGGUUGACACAGAAGAAAGAAGAUCCAUCCACAGGUUGUCAAGAUGAUAAAACUCAAAUGCAAACCAAAAUCUACGAAGCAAGGAAGAAGAGAAAAAAUACCAGGCAUGGGAAAUCCUUGAGUCUCAAUGGACCUCAGGGGAUCCACAGUGGAGUCAAAUGUUAUGAAUAUCUGGAAUGUGGAAAAAAUUUCAAUAUAAGUAUCAUCCUCACUUCCCAUCAAAGAAUCCAAACAGAGGAGAAGCCAUAUCAAUGCUCAGAAUGUGGAAAGAGCUUCUCUUGGGAAACAAGCCGUUUUCGCCAUCUAAGAAUUCACAGAGGAGUGAAACCAUAUAACUGCCCAGAAUGUGGGAAGAGCUUUGCUCAACACGUGAGCCUUAUUAGACAUAAAAGAAUUCAUACUGGGGAGAAACCAUAUAGCUGCCCAGACUGUGGCAUGAACUUCUCUCGGAAAUCAAGCUUUAUUCGACAUCUAAGAGUUCACUCAGGAGUGAAGCCAUAUGAUUGUACAGAAUGUGGAAAGAGCUUCACUCGAAGCACAAACCUGAAGAAACAUAAAAGAAAAAUUCACGAAGUUAUUUGGGAGCAACUGAGCCAGCUGCCAAAGACCAGAGGUGACCUUCUGUUUCCCUCUUCUACAGAUGCUUUAAAUCCUGAGCAUAGCCAGAGGCACAAGAAGAAAAGAAAUAUGUGAACAACUAAACUAGCUAUAGAUAACCUGGGGUGAGCAUCUGGCUCUGUCUUCUAGAUGGGCUCUUUGCACUUAGCCUAUGGCUUAUGGCCUCCAGCCCCAUCUGAGCUGAGCCCAGGAAGCUGGACUAUAUUGUCUUCUGUGUAGAUAUAGAGAAAGGAUUCAGAGAGAGAGAGAGAGGGAUUGAG